AUGGCACAGAAGGCCGUGUGUGUCCUCAAAGGCACCGGGGAGGUGACCGGUACGGUUCACUUCGAGCAGCAGGAUGAAGGUGCUCCAGUGAAGCUUACAGGAGAGAUCUCUGGCCUCACCGCUGGCCUGCAUGGAUUUCACGUCCAUGCUUUUGGAGACAACACGAAUGGCUGCAUAAGUGCAGGACCUCACUAUAACCCCCACAACAAAACCCACGUUGGAGAUCUGGGUAAUGUGACUGCUGGGGAUGAUGGUGUUGCCAAAAUAAACAUUGAGGAUAAAAUUCUGUCACUGAGUGGGCCGUACUCGAUCAUUGGGAGGACCAUGGUGAUUCAUGAGAAGGUGGAUGACUUGGGUAAAGGAGGUGAUGAAGAAAGUCUCAAGACUGGUAAUGCUGGUGGUCGCCUGGCCUGUGGUGUUAUUGGCAGACUCCAACACCAGCUGCCCCAGUUUAGCACUGGAACAACUCAGACCACUCAAGUGACCAAUGCAGCUGCCCUGUCCGCCACUUAACCUGUCUAAGUUUAU